AUGCCAAGAUUUAAUAUCCAACAAUUAAACAAUUAUUCACAUUUAUUUAAAAGACAAGUUAGAGUAUCAGAUUUAAACUAUAAUUCACAUUUAGACCAUUCAAAUAUUUUAAAAAUUGUUCAUGAUGCAAGAGCUGAAUAUUUUAGAGAAUUAGGAUUUUCAGAGAAAAAUUUAUUACCAAAAUCAAAUAAAUUAGUACACGGUAUAGUUGGAGAUUUACAAGCACAGUAUUUAAAUGAAGGUGAGUUAUUUGAAGAAUUAUUAAUUGAAACUGAUUUCAUUGAAAGAUCAAGAUGUGGAUUUAGAAUAACACAUAGAAUUAAAUCAUUGAAACCAUUUGGCUCUUUGGAUCAAUUUAAUAAUAAAAAUAAUAAUAAUAGUAAUAGUAAUAAUAAUAAACCUAAUGGUAUUAAUUAUAAUAAUAGUAAUAUUGGUAUAAAUAAACCAAUAGGAGAGAAUAGUAAUGAACAAAAUGCAGCUGGUACAACAUUUAAAAAUAUAGCUUUGAUUGAGGUCGGUAAUGUGGCAAUAUCUACAAUUGAUCAUCAACCUUUUGAAUUACCAGAUUCUUUCUUUAAAACUGUUGGUUUAAAUAAAAAUUUUCAAAUUACAAAAAUAAAACUUUAA